UGAUUCUGGGAUCCAUUGUAUUCUUUGCUAUGGAAAAUUAAUUGCUUGAUAACUUCUUCUGUGCUCACUAAAUAUGUGCUUUGUGUAGCGAAAGAUUUUCAAUUCUGCAGUUCCAGAGAGGCAGCAUCAGGGUUGGCAUAUUAUGAUUUUAUAUUGAAAACCAUCUCUGUAGGAAUAUCUCUUAUUCUGCAGUUCCAGAUGGUGCUGCUUUUGUUAUUGGCUUGUGGAAGACUCCUUAUUGAAGCAAUUUUUAUUAUCGAAUCUGACAUUGUCUAUAAUGAUGAUGUAAUAUGCUGUGAGUGCAUUGAAACAAAAUGCAAGAUGAUACUUCUCCAUAAUCCACAGUGCACUUUAACUUAAAUUCAUGAUUUAUAUUGGUGUCAUUGUUGCUAUCUAUCCACAUGCUCUAAGUUCAGCUUGGCCUUUCAGUGGUUUCUUGGUAACUAUUUACCUUGUUCAAAUGAUGGAGAGUCACUGCCUAAAAUUGAAGACAUGGUCAUCUUAUAAUAAAAUUUAGGAAUGAUAUUCUAUUUAGGUUUUUUCUUUCUUUUUUUUUUCUGAAUUUAUAAUCAUUAGAAGUCCUGAUAUUAGAGGACAAUACUAGAUAAUAUGAAAGGAUUAAUUCCUCAAUUUCCUUCUAAGAUUUGUGUACCUAUGAAGAUUAUGUAGUGCUACUCCACCUCGCACUUCUAGUGUUUUUCUAGAAUUUUUGGUCUGCAAAACUAGGUCAAGGGGUUAUUUUCUCACUUCAGAUGUUGAGUGUGGUUAUUUGAUGCUUUUGGGUGUUUAGUGAUGGCUACCUCACAAAUCACAAUUAGCUACCAAUAUCCAAGGAUUACAGUUAUGAGAUGUUUACUGAUUUGUUGAAAGUAGAGUUUGGCUGGUUAUGCUUUCUUUCUUUGGGAUAACUUAUGAGCCAGUUUCUCAAGUUUACUUGGCUGGUGUUUACUAAUGUUUCAGUUUUGGCAGCUUUUCUGUUUCUUCGCCAUCACGGAAAAACUGAUUCUGUCCUGAGUCUUAGCAAAGGUCACACUUUGUUGGUUUU